ACGUCGACGGCGCGCCGCGCGCUUGGCCGCAUAAAUGCGGUGGCGCCGGGUGUAGGGGCACUUCGACCUGGAGAACCUGGGCAUUCUGACGUCUGUGGCGUUGUGGCCCGCGCCUGAGCCCGUCCUGCUUCUCGCUGUGCCAUGGCGGACGGGGGAAAGUCAUACAACGAGCAUGAUGAUCGUGUUAGUUUCCCUCAAAGAAGAAAGAAAGGCCGGGGUCCUUUCCGGUGGAAGUGUGGUGAGGGGAACCGUAGGUCUGGAAGAGGAGGUACUGGUAUUCGGUCUUCCCGCUUUGAGGAAGAUGACAGAGAUGUGGCAAUGAGUGAUGCCCAGGAUGUUCCCCGAGUACGAUACAACCCCUAUGCUGCACGACCCAACCGUCGUGAUAAUUGUCAUGAUCGAGACCGCAUUCAUGUUACUGUGCAGAGAGACAGAAUUCCUCCACAAAGAGGGGCUGCUGGCACCAGCCAGGAUGGGACCUCAAAGAACUGGUUUAAGAUUACAAUUCCUUAUGGCAGGAAAUAUGACAAGUCAUGGCUCCUGAGUAUGAUUCAGAGCAAAUGCAGUGUCCCUUUCACCCCCAUUGAGUUUCACUAUGAAAACAUGCGGGCCCAGUUUUUUGUUGAGGAUGCCAGUACCGCCUCUGCAUUGAAGGCUGUCAACUAUAAGAUUUUGGAUCAGGAGAACCGUAGGAUACCUAUCAUCAUCAACCCCUCUCUUCCACCCUUUACUGUACAGAAUGAGCUGAAGCCAGAACACAUAGAGCAGCUAAAGUUAAUCAUGAGCAAACGAUACGAUGGCUCCCAAAAAGCGCUUGACCUCAAGGGCCUUCGUUUAGACCCAGAUUUGGUGGCCGAGAACAUUGAUGUUGUCCUGCAUCGUAGAAGCUGUAUGGCAGCUACCCUGCAAAUCAUUGAGGAGAACAUCCCUGAGCUGUUGUCUUUGAACUUGAGUAGCAACAGGCUAUAUAGGCUGGAUGACAUGUCUAGCAUUGUGCAGAAAGCACCCAACCUAAAGAUCCUAAACCUCUCCGGAAAUGAGUUGAAAUCUGAGCGGGAAUUGGACAAGGUGAAAGGGCUGAAGCUAGAAGAGCUGUGGCUCGAAGGAAACGCUCUUUGUGACACCUUCCGAGACCAGUCCACCUACAUCAGCGCCAUUCGUGAACGAUUUCCCAAGUUACUACGCUUGGACGGCCAUGAGUUACCCCCGCCAAUUGCCUUUGAUGUUGAAGCCCCCACAAUGUUACCACCCUGCAAGGGAAGUUAUUUUGGAACAGAGGCCCUGAAGAAUCUGGUCCUGCACUUCUUGCAGCAGUACUAUGCAAUCUAUGACUCUGGAAACCGGCAGCGGCUCCUGGAUGCCUACCAUGAUGGAGCCUGCUGCUCCCUGAGCAUCCCUUUCACACCCCAGAACCCUGCCCGAAGCAACUUGGGUGAAUACUUCAAGGAUAGCAGGAAUGUGAAGAAACUUAAAGACCCAACCCUGCGGUUCCGGCUGCUGAAGCACACACGGCUCAAUGUUGUCGCCUUCCUCAAUGAGUUGCCCAAGACCCUACACGACAUCAAUUCCUUCGUGGUUGACAUAAGCGCCCAAACGAAUACGUUGCUGUGUUUUUCUGUCAAUGGAGUCUUCAAGGAAGUGGAUGGAAAGGCCCGGGACUCUCUGCGAGCCUUCACACGGACGCUUGUUGCUGUUCCAGCCAGCAAUUCGGGGCUGUGCAUCGUAAAUGAUGAACUGUUUGUGCGGAAUGCCAGCCCUGACGAGAUCCAACGAGCUUUUGCCAUGCCUGCUCCCACGCCCUCCUCCAGCCCAGUGCCCACCCUUUCCCCAGAGCAGCAGGAAAUGCUGCAGACAUUUUCUACGCAGUCUGGCAUGAACCUCGAGUGGUCCCAGAAGUGCCUUCAGGACAACAACUGGGACUACACCAGAUCCGCCCAGGCCUUUACUCACCUCAAGGCCAAGGGUGAAAUCCCAGAAGUGGCGUUCAUAAAGUGAUCCCUAGUCGUCAUGUCCCAGAAGAAGCCCCUGUAAAUAGUCCUUGGAUAUUGAUGUCUCCUUGCCAUGGUAGUCGUCUCUUCCUCUCCGGCCUGGCCUGAGGCCACCCUGUGACUGUGACCGAGGAGGGUGGGCCUCUGGAUCCCUCUCCUCACCUGCCUUCAGGAAAACUCUGCAAGACUUUCAGAAGUUUGAGCCUCACUGGUGCCCAGAAGCCAAAGGUUACUUUGUAGAACUGACACUAAACUACCCGAAGGACUGAGGUGCUUUGUGUACUUAACCCCAGAAUCAGCCCUCCCUGUACUUUUUAAGAUAAAGAGUGAUAUUGUA